AUGCUUCAUCGAGGAAAAGGAACAGAGUCCCCAGGUGUGCUGAACAAAAUCAAAAAACAGGUGGACAUUGGAAGAAAUAUCGAAGACGCCUCGCAAACGAAAAGAGGCAAAGUACAGUUGACGGAUGUGAUUGAUGAGAUUGCAACUCGAGUAGAGCACAUCGAAAGAAAAGUGAAAGAAACUUCAGCAGAGAAGAGAGACAAGACUGCAUUGGACGAUUUAGCAAAUCGAUUGAAGCUUAUAGAGGCAAAACUUGGUAAAAAUGCUCCACAACAAAAAGACGACAAAACUGUUAUGGAUCAAAUUACAUUUCGACUAGAUCGCUUAGAAGGGCAACUGAAAGAUGCUUUACUGGAGAAAAGAGACAAAAGUGUGCUGGACGAAAUGGCAGAUCGAGUGGAGCGCGUAGAACAACAGCUAAGAGAUGAUGCUUUGGAGAAAGAAAAGAAUGUGCUGGAUGAAAUGGCGAAUCGAGUCGAGCGCAUAGAAAAAGAAUUAUGGAUAAACACACCACAAGAGAAGAAAUUCAAAACCUUGUUGAUGAAUGUGCUGGAUGAGAUUGCAAAUCGAGUAGAACGCAUAGAAAUUGGAUCGAAUUAUGGUCAACUGGAGAAGUCAGACGAAGCCUUAUCGAUGGUAAGAGUAAAGUGA